UGGAGCGCCUUGAAGAAGAGCGAGUAAACCAUGUUUGGCAAUCCGUAUUUAAAGUCCCUGUUUUGGCUUGUAUCCUUCGGUGGCAUUGGUUAUGGCCUGAUGCGGCUGACCGAGCCAAAUGCCGAUAAAAUUGAUCGUAUUAAGGCAUCUGCCCGCGUUAAUACCAACCAAACGGACGAUGAGAAGAGGAAGGCGUUGUUCAUGAAGCGUCUGCAGGAGGCGGCCGCCACCAGUACACCACUGUACAGGACAUCAACAGGGGACAAAAAAGAUUAGUUAAUAACUUUUUUUCAUUUAAAUAUAUGUAAAUUGUUAAACCAAAAUAUAAA